UUUAGCGAGGAAGACGACGCCAUCAAGCCUGCUUGUCUAAUUGGUUCAUUCCCAGUAGGUCAUAUGAGUUGGUUCCACGAGCCUAUAAAUUCAGAGUCAUCACUGAGUGAUGCAGUACGAUUACGUUUACACACUCAAUUAAAUUACAUUACACUUUUUAGAAUUUCGAUUUCUUUCAUACCUAUUAAGAAGAGUAUCAGAGAUGAUACAAAUAGGUCACAUUUCAUAUUGGAACUAGUCACAGAUUCAUUCAUAUACAAUCUGUUGUACGCAAUGCUUACAUCUUUUCUUCUCAUUGAAACAACAUAUGGAUGCUUGCUUCUACUUCAUUCGCCAGGUAGCAAAAUUUGGCAAAAAUGUUAAAUACAAAGCCACCACCACAAACUCAUGGUUCUAGAUUAAAAUAAAAGACAUUUUUCCUGCCUUCAUGAAGGACCCAAAUGUUUUAAUGUCAGAGUCGAGCCUGACAGGUCACAACCUCCCUUUUAACUCACCCUGGGCCGAUUUGACUAUGUGUUCAUGCCGAUCAUACCCACCAACAAAGCACAUUGGAUGCUUAGCCAAUUACAAUUCAAAAGUCAUACCUUGAUUGUGUUCAACUCGGUAGGUGACUGGAAGGUUUUGCAAGGUAUUGAGACGUACAUUAAGGUAUUGCCUGCUCUAAUGAAUACUCUGAGAAUUUCAAAGAAGGAUCCUGAUUAUCACGAACUAGAAGCCAAAGAAUUGAAGGUGAUCAUCGACGACACACUCCCUCAGCAAACAAAUGGUCAUGAUUAUAGGAUAUUCGUGGUGUUAUAUACGUUGUAUCUUAUCCGUGGUGGUAGAUGUUCCGUUCCCAAGAAGUUUGAUGCCAGCAAGUUCAGAAUGGAUAUUGCUACGCUACUCUACAAACACCGACAGGUUUACACGAAAAGAGUAAAUCAGCCUAUGAUGGAGGAAGCACUUGUCAUAGAAUGAAAACUGGCUUUAGAUUUGUUAGUGAGGACAAGAAUUUAGUUUGUAAAUGUUAUGAACAUUGUAUGUGUCUAGUCAAUAGAGGUUCAUGUAAUGAAUAAUAACUCGUAACCUUUGAUUUGC